AUGUCAGUCGGACUCGCUGGGGGCGCGCAUACUGCCUUGGACGAAGAGGCAAGGGCCGAGGUUGAUGUCCUCAACUCGCGACUGGAGAAGACAACGCAAUUGACCAAGAAGAUUCAAUCCUGUCUUAAUCGACUCGAGACAACAGGAAAGAGUGUCCAGGAUGUUGCAGGGCCUCUGAAUGGAGAGACUAGGCGACUGCAAAUACUGGGAAACAACGUCGACUCUGUCCUUGCUGCGAUCGAUCGCUUGCGCCAACCUGCAGAUAGCAAGAAUGACGAGGAGCAAAUAAUCCGGGUCGGUCCUGAGAAGGCUGGCCUAUCUACCUACUUGGCCUCUAUAAAGCGUCUAGGCAAAGCCUUGACUGAGAUGCAGGCAUCGAAUCUGCGUGCGAACCAGCAAACUAUGGCCGACUUGUCACGUCUCAUCAAAUCGGGUAACAGUCAGCUUGAACAUCACUUCGAAACUGUGCUUCGCGGCGAGACGCCCCGAUCUGUCGAGCCACUGCACUACAUCACGAAAGACAAGCCCUUUCCAACACUUCCUCAAGACAAGAUCGCCCGUCUUGGUCUUAUCUAUUCCUAUGUUGUCGAGAGCCACCACAAUGGCGCCUCAGAGCUUGCUCACAUAUACGCAGAAGUACGCGGUCCGUACCUCUCAGCAUCUCUAGCCAACCUUGCCGCAGCAAGUGUCAAUACUGCUAAGAAGAAAAGCCCGGAUGCUGUUUACCGGGCGGGCACCAACGGCAUGGGGACUUAUGCACAAGCGAUGGAAGGCUUGUUCAUAUCAGAGUACGACAACGUCUGUAGCGUUUUCUCUCGCGAGGAUUGGGGUGUUAUCUUCCUAUCGACUUGCCAAACAGCUUUAGCAGAACAGGCACGAUGCCUGCGCGAGCUUAAUGCUCACAUCAAGAGUCACCUCAACACAGAUUGCUAUUUGGCUUACGAGAUCACCGAAAUAAUCUCUGCACUUUCUGGAAAGCUCGAAACACGAACCGGCGAAUUAAAGGGAGCACUUGCCGCUGCUUUGAAACCUGUUAGAGAGACUGCAAAAUCGUCUCUGGCAGAACUCCUCGAAGAAACAAGGCGCAAGGUUGGAAUGUUACAAAUACUGCCUUCUGACGGUGCACCAAUACCCUUGGUAUCGGAGACCAUGCAACGCCUUCAGACCAUGGUGCAUUUCCUGCGCCCAAUCUCGAGCAUCAUGAUAUCCAUUGGGGAUGGUGGUUGGAAGGCAAACGCAGCAACGAAUGGGCGCUCUACAGAUGCUAUUCCCAGCCUAGCAUCAUUUGAUAUUGGAGCAGAUGGCAAAGAGAUAUUCUCGCAUUAUUGUCUUGACACCAUCGAGACGCUUCUGUCCGGGCUGGACCAGAAAUCGCGAGUGCUCAUGAAGAGCAGAGCUGUUGCCGGAGUAUUCAUGGCCAACAGCGUUGUCAUUAUCGGGCGAAUGGUUCAAACGUCAGAACUAAAUGACCUCCUAGAAAACAAACUUGAUCUUCUUGAGCAGUGGCGUAAAAAGGCAACGGCAUCCUACACGGAUAUUUGCAAGGACCUUUCUGUACACCUUUUCGAUACUGUUCAUACUAAUCGAACCAAUCGACCUACGUCCGGGCCUGUCGACUCGACAUCCAUCGUCAAGGGGCUGGGCAGCAAAGACAAGGACAAGAUCAAGGAGAAGUUCACGCAGUUCAAUGGCGCGUUUGAUGAUAUGGUGUCCCGCCACAAAUCUUACAGUAUGGAGCGUGAGGUCCGGCGAAUAUUUGGAGAGGAUAUUCGUCAGAAACUACAGCCUCUCUACGAACGAUUUUGGGACCGAUACCACGAGAUCGACAAGGGCAAAGGCAAGUAUGUCAAAUAUGAUAAGACAUCCAUUGCUGCAGUUUUUGCUAGCCUGGCAUCAUGA